GGCCUGAAGCUACGCGCAACUUCCAGAACAUCAAAAUGGUUCUGUACAGUGCCUCUGUGAUUCUUCUUGCCAUCAGGACUUCGACGGCUCAAGACGCUGGUGUGCCGGUAACCACAAGCUCCCAGCUAGCCGACGCGCUGUCAAUAAUUAACAAUGCGGUCGCCAUCUACAGUACGCUCGACAGUCCACUGGAACACUGCUUUAGCGCAGAACUGACAGCACUUCGGCCUGAAGACCAGCUGGCCACCUACGUUUUUCAGUUACAGACUCUUCUUGGUUACAUUCAGAUGCCACCUUUUUGCAUCAACCUCACUACGUCGGCUUCAGGUGAAUUCCUCUUUGGUCCUUGCGGAGAUCUCUUUCCUGACUUUCCUGCUAACGUGCUUUACUUCAACGGCGAGAACUGCAUCAUCGCCAGCGUUGUUCUCUUUGGAGCCCGGCAGUGCAUGAUGGGAGUGACGAAAGAAUUCAAGGAUUCUGUGCCGGAAGAAUGCACGCGGCAGUUCGAUCAGCACUGUGGCCCGAAGAGGUACACGCUGUAUAGCAAGGAGGAAUGCACUUGAAGAACUUUGUCAUCUGUUAUUUAGCUGCGCCAGUUCACGCACUAGUACCGGCUGCUGAGAUUUAGAGGACUGUAAAUAAACUGUUCUUGUAGCAUCUU